UUUCACAAUGACAGAAAUAGGAAACUUACCAAUGCUAAAACACACUAAAAAGCCUGUGCUUAAGUGUCCAAUAUGUGGGAAAACUUUUUUAACUCAGUUAGCAAUGAAGGUUCAUAUAUUGUAUCACACAGGCGAGCGCCCCUUUAAAUGUUUGAUGUGUGACAAAACCUUUACCCAGAAACAUAAUGCAAAGAGUCAUGUGUUGACACACACAGGGAAUAAACCUUAUAAGUGCACUACCUGUGGAAAAUCAUUUUCAUACAAACAUCAUUUGAUGUCACAUACGUUGUCAGUUCAUACAGAAGAGAAACCUUAUAAGUGUACAACAUGUGGAAAAUCCUAUAACCGCAAAUACGGUUUGAAGGUACAUAUAUUGUCAAUUCAUACAGAAGAGAGACCUUAUAAGUGCACAACAUGUGGAAAAUCCUUUAAAUGCAAAAACUAUUUAAAGUCACAUACAUUGUCAGUUCAUACAAAAGAGAGACCUUAUAAGUGCACUACUUGUGGAAAAUCCUUUGCAUCAACAUUCCUUUAUAACAGACAUGUAUUAAUACAUAGCAAUGAGCGUCCUCACAAGUGUUCUACAUGUGGAAAAUCAUUUUUAUGCAAAUACAAGUUGAAGUCGCAUACAUUGUCCGUUCAUACAGAAGAGAGACCUUAUAAGUGCACAACAUGUGGAAAAUCCUUUAAACGCAAAAACUAUUUAAAGUCACAUACAUUGUCAGUUCAUACAAAAGAGAGACCUUAUAAGUGCACUACUUGUGGAAAAUCCUUUGCAUCAACAUUCCUUUAUAACAGACAUGUAUUAAUACAUAGCAAUUAG